UAUGUGUCAGUUCAAUCAUGUCCAGCUCUGUGGCUCUAGCCCUCGACGCUUUCCUUGAGCAGCCUCUCUCCUGAGAAUCGAUCUUCAACCAACUCUUCAUUUCUUACUCUCGUUGCGCCCGCGCCGCGCCUUCUUGCGACAGGUCACUCUACGAUUACACAACGACUAUUGUAGACUAUCCUUCGUUGCGCUCGUAUAGGCACGAGACUUACAUUUCAACAUGGCUUCCAUGGCUUCGCCACCUGUCGAGCAACAGGCUCUCAAUAAGCCUUCCUUUGCGAAAGUUGCAUCGUCAUCUUACAAACCUCAUAUCACAAAAGAAAUUAAUGCAACCACGACAUCUGACCCUCAACACGCGAUUUCCUCUUCUGCCACACACGCUGUCACUACCACUCCUCAAGAUGAAGUAGAUCCAACAGACUCGACCGAGAGCCCAAGCGAACGUCGACAGACUAUUCUUGCCAAACCUGAAGACUUUGAGCUUCAUAGCGAGCAAUGGUCAACAACAGGUAACUCAAUUGCCACCACCUCCAUUGUACAGCGCCGCAUCGAUCCUAGCCAACCUGCGAGAUCUAUGAGCGGCAGACAGCCGACUGUUGAAGAAGUCUCUACUCGACUUUCAUCAUCUGGCGAUUCAGCAAAACCGCCAAGCCUGGAUGGCAAGAGCGUAGCUUCCGGCACUACCUUUGCCCUUGAUGAAAAAGAGUCCCUUCGACCCGAUGAUAGCGCAAGCCUCAGAGCUGCUGAUGAAGAUGGCAAUUCUCCUCCCGGAUCUACUGCUGCGGACUCGAGGAUGGGGUCGGAUGUGGGUGCAGCGAGGGCCUUCAGCGAGCAGUUGCGCGAAAUCGGAACGCUCGGUCCUGCAGCACUUCGUGGAGCACCACCAGGAAGACUGCCUCCUGGAAUUGUGCCUAAUGGUACGCAGUUUGUGAAUAGUCGCCCUCUCAGCGCGGCUGCGCCGUCAGUAUCUGCACAUAUGACCUUGAAUAACGGCUUGCGUGCGGAUUACGGUCAUACAGGUCCACUACCAGACGAAAAGCUUCUGGAAGCUUUAGAAUCUCAACGUGAUCGCGUUUGGGUCCUGAAGCUAGAGCAAGACCUGAUCGAUUUCGUCAAGGAUCCGAAGGAAUGCCAGCUGUCUCUACCGAGUUGCAAUGCUUUCUAUCGGAUGCUUGCACAUAAGCUUGCAGACUACUACAUUCUUGCUCACACAGUUGACGAGUCAAUGACCGGCGUAAGGGUCUCGAAGACUGAAUACUGCAGGAUUCCACCGCCUCUAUUGAGUUUCUCAUCCAACAAUGGAGUCGUAAAUACCCCGCCGAUUGAUGCACCGACACGUAAAAUAAUGCGGCGUGGUGAAGACGGAAAAGCAACGUCUGGUACGAACACUACAGCAAACUCUGAUGGGCCCUCAAACGCGACCUCAGUGGGAAGCGAUGGAGACAGCGAUGGGAAAGGCAAACAACCGUCGUCGCAUGAAGUCAGAAUGGCAAAAUAUAAUGAAGUGAGACAGCGCAUAUUUGGCCAAGCGGCUGAUGCUGUUGAACAAGCCGAAGGCGUGAAGGCUGACGAGAAUGAUACCUCGCGCUCCAGCUCCGCAUCUGGGAAGAAGACGAAAAAGAAGAGUCGCAACUAUGACGAUGAAGAAUUUGAGUCACGUGCUCAUUUUAAUGCCUAUCCACCACAGGCAUACCCUGCAGCGGCCUCCUAUCAACCAGACAGCAGCAGCAUACUUUACGGACAAUAUGCUUCCAACGGUAUACCGCAGCAUCAAUAUUCUAUGAUGCCCCAACAUGUGCAGCAGCCUAUGACCUACGAAAAUGGCUAUCAAAUGCAGCAGGAGGCCUCUCAGCCAUAUGUCUGGCAGGGCCAAGUCUAUCAACAGGGUCAGCCUUUAAACUAUGGUGUUAGUCAACCGAUGGGCUACGACCUGAGUGCAGAAUUCCAAAGGGGUAUGCAAUCCUUUCAGUCGGCACCUAACAUCACGCCACAGAUGCCGAAAGCUAGCCCGGUCCUUAUGGGCGGAUAUCAAGCUCAUCAUGCACUUCAGCAUCAUCCACAGCAGUCCAUGGCCCAGAACUGGACGACAAUGCCACAUCAGUCAAGCUAUCAGCCCUCCCAGAACCAAUAUCAGCCACAAGGAUCUCCCAUGAAUCAGGCGAGCUACCAAAGCAACUAUGCGUAUGGACAGCUGCCUGCACCUUCUCUCGCCAACGGAAAGCAAAAUAAAAAUCAGCACCCGCUCCCUGGCAGCUACAACCGUAAUCAAUUCAACCCUCAGAUCCAAGCAUUCAUCCCUGGGGGCAGAGCUUCUUUCUCAAUGCAAGCUCAGCACGCUCAGAUGACACCACCUGCAAUGCAUAGCUAUCCGAGCCAGUCGUAUGCGAUGUCUUCACAAGGUCAUGUGGCACGACCAAGUCCUCCUCAGUCUCAGCAGUCAAGUGCAUUCGCUUCACCGCAUUUCCUGCAAAAUAUUCCUAGCACGGUGAAACCAAGCAAUGGCAGUCGGCCUAGCAUGCUACCGCAGCCUGCAUCAACCUCGUCCAUGACACAAGCGUCCAAUGUCCCUACUGGACCAAACCAUAGUGCUCAGUCGCUCACAUCGAAUGAGAGUAGUAUUGCAAAAUGGGGCACACCUUCCCAUCUGCCACCAAAGCCACCACCGCCCGCUUCGAUCCCACCACCCAAGUUCUCUUUACCUGGGCAAAAUCACCCUGCCGCUGCACGACUUCCGGCACCAGCUCCUGUAGCUACAGCUACAGGCCGACAUCACUGAGCGUCUGAUGCUUUCGAAUUGGACUAC